AUUCAGGCCGCCGCGGGCAAGGGCCGCAAGAACUCCCGGACCACCGAGGAGGAGCCCCACCGGGGCGCGGCCAAGAGCUCGGGCUGCAGCACCUACAUCAACAGGCUCAUCAAGGUGGACACGCAGGAGAAGAACGGGAAGGGCAGCUACCCCGGCAGUACCAGCAGCACCAGCAGUACCGGCAGCAGCAGCAGCUCUUCGUCCGCGUCCUCGUCUCCGUCCUCCCUGGGCCCGGAGCUGGACAAGGGCAAGGUUAUGAAGCAGCAAGACGCGGUUAUCAUCUUAGAAGACUAUGCAGACCCUUAUGAUGCCAAACGUACAAAGGGUCAAAGGGACGCGGAGAGGGUAGGCGAGAACGACGGCUACAUGGAGCCCUAUGACGCACAGCAGAUGAUAACAGAAAUCAGACGCCGCGGUUCCAAAGAUCCCCUGGUGAAAGCCCUUCAGCUGCUCGAUAGCCCCUGCGAGCCGGGGGAAAACGGCGUGAAGUCGGAGACGCCGGCCCGAAGGCGCAGUUCCAAGGACCUUCUGGGGAAGCCGCCGCAGCUGUACGACACUCCCUAUGAGCCCGCAGAAGCGGGCCCCAGGGCCGAGGGGAAGGCGCGGCCCCCAGACAGCCGGCUGCCGGAGAACGACGAGCGGCCGGCGGCGGAGUACGAGCAGCCCUGGGAGUGGAAGAAGGAGCAGAUCGUGCGCGCGCUCUCAGUUCAGUUUGAAGGAUCUGAGCGACCUUCCGUGAGGGAGGAGACGGUGAGGCAGCACCACCGGCAGAAAAGCUGGACCCAGAAAAUCUUGAAGCCAACCCUCUCUGACCACAGUGAGGGGGAGAAGGUGGAUCCAGGCCUGCCCUUGGAGAAGCAGCCUUGGUAUCAUGGUGCCAUUACCCGUGCUGAGGCUGAGAGUCGACUGCAAGCCUGCAAAGAAGCUGGCUACCUGGUUCGAAAUAGUGAGUCAGGGAACAGCAGGUACUCCAUUGCACUGAAGACAAGUCAAGGAUGUGUCCACAUCAUCGUGGCGCAGACCAAAGACAACAAAUACACGCUGAAUCAGACGAGCGCUGUGUUCGACAGCAUCCCGGAAGUGGUACACUAUUAUUCCAAUGAAAAGUUGCCUUUCAAAGGGGCAGAACACAUGACCUUACUCUACCCCGUGCACAAGCUUCACUAAGGUUCAGCCAGGGAGAGCCUGGGCCCCUGGCACCCAUGCGGGCAUCAGCACCCACCAGCAUCUAGCAGACGAGGCUGGACUGCCUCUUAAUAACUGGUACCAAGUGGGAUUCUUCAUUGAGAAGUCUAAAAGACUUGAAUCCCUUUUUUGUCACUUGGUUUCUGGCCUGUCCCUUUUCUCCUGGCUAAGUUAUUGCACAAUGAAAAAGAUCAUAAUUUACCUGUGGAUUCCGAUUCUGGAGUAGGGUUUUCUGUAUGUGACCGUUAGGAGAGGUGAAUCCAGAAUGCAGGGGCAUUCAGAGUUCUACAGAAAAGAGUUGGCUGUUACCCAGAAUACCUGGUCUCUAAGUGGGGGAAAAAACCCACUUGAUUGUACCUGCAGUUGUGUAGCUCCAAAGAGCAAGUAAUGUCAGAUCCCUUAUGGGAGGAUGGACAGAGAAAAACGCAAGAGAUCGGCAGGAAAGUGGUCUUUUAAAUUCCGCUCUGGAGUUCUGAAAAUCUGCCACGUUAGGGUCUGGCCAAAGGAUCCUUGCGUUGGUCAGCCUCGCUGAGAAAGUUGUGUUUCCUCUAUCCCGUGGGCUUAUUCAUCACUUUUCAGCAAGUCAGUGAUACAAGCAUAAAUAGAAGGGCGAUGUCCCCAAUUUAAGAUUCACCACUAUAAUUAAGCAUUGGUGUCAUUAUUUUAGUUCUGUGUUACAGAAUAAAAUACACAACAAA